CUGCUCCACCCAGAACCCCUCUUUAUCCUAAGCCACGUGACAGGCUUCAUGGCAGUGACCCUGUGUCAGGUCCACUUGGCAAAUCUACUUGGGAUUUGAGCUGAAAUACUUGGAUGGACCCUGCUGCUCCUGCUGCUGCCUCUCCUGGCCUGGCCCUGGCCCAAGCCCCUGCUGUAGCACAAAUCAAUGGACAAGAAGUUUCUGAAAGUGGAAGAGAAACUUGUCUUUGGAGACCCUGGCUAUCCUCCAUAAAUGAUCAACCAAGGCAGGCUGCUGGUGGGGCAACAGCUGCGGAGGCCACCAAGGCUGUGUCUGAGUUCCAUCACCCUGUCAGGCUCUUCUGGCCUAAAUCCCGUUCCUUUGACUACCUGUACAGUGCCGGGGAGAUAUUACUACAAAAUUUCCCUGUCCAAGCCACCAUCAACUUAUAUGAAGAUUCUGACAGCGAAGAGGAUGAGGAGGACAAGGAGGAGGACGAAGAGGAAGAGGUCAAUGAAACAGGGCCAGAAGAGGGUACGAGGGUACCAGAGGCCACAGCACACAAGGCCGAAGCUCAUUCCCCUGACCCACCCCUGACCUGUCCAAACUGAAACAGUCCCAGUUACACUUGUCAUGUUUUCAAGGGCAUCGAUUAGCUAAGAGUCUCCAGACACAAAUUUUCUGGACUGGAACCAGUGUACUCAAACAGUCUAGCUCACCCUGGCUCUCUUGAUGGGCCCACAAGUCUAGGCCUUUGGCAUGUUCUUGUCUGGGCUGCUCUUGUGCCAACAGGAGGAAGCUCCCAAGACCUGGAAGGGGAUCAGGAAGGCUUGAUUUCUGAAGCCCUUGGGAAAUAGAACAGGGCUGGGGAUGCCCUUGGACAAGAGAGCAGUCACUCCCCAGGGCCCUUUGAUUCCCCCAAUUCUUCAAGAUAGCCAUAUGAGCCAGUGUCCAAGGGAUAAAGGCUGACCUCCAUCUUCCUUUCCUGAGACACCAACACCAGAUCCAAGCAAUCCUGGGACAUCUCCAGGGAAGGGAAGGGGAAGGGGAUGGAACAGCAGGAGGCAUCUUGAGAAUCUGCUUGUCUGGGGACCUGCAUCUACUUUGCCUGCUAUUCAGUCUGGGUAUUGGCAGAAGAUGAAUCAGAAGAAAAAUAAAUGGAAUGAUGUUUGCCGUUUUCUGGGAA